AUGCAGAACUACGGUAUCACAUCAGCCGCCACUCUGCAAUCUGAGCACCACCCUUCGCAGCUUACUUCGAACGCACCUACUGAUUUGAUGAAGGAAAUUGGUGGCAUGAUGGCCAACAUUGUAGCAGACUUCGGCAUCGAUGCUCUAAGCCAGCCUGAAGCCAGAAGAUUGAAAAUUUGCAUGGGACAAGCUGCAAAAUUGGGCAACAAGACACUGCUCUGUCAUUAUUUCGGAACACUGAAUGCUGUAUUGAUGGUUGGCGAGUAA